UCAUGUCAAACAGAGAGAAACCGAGAAUUCAAUGGGUCGUGUUCUUUAUAGGUUUAUUUUUAUAAAUUUAAAUUUUCUUAGCCGAAACCCCACACCCAUAUCCAUAACUGGAUCCGCACCCCUGAAUUUUAAAAGUUAGAUUUUUCCGAAUCUGACACUCGAAUCCGCAACCGUAUCGGAUUCCCGAACCCGAGUCCGAGCAACUUAGGUCUGGGAGGAAAUAAUAAAAAAUCUUGUUGUUUUAAAUUUCUUUCCAAUUUUUAGAGGAUCUCUCUUACCAUCUUGUUCUUCAUGAUAUCUAUAAAAGUUUACCUCUAAGGUUCAAUAAAGGACAACGGUAAAAAAAAUCUUAGAAGUGACCUCCACGACAACUCAGAAGUUGGUUUGUUUAUUUCUUUUUGUCACUUACUUUUUUCCUACCGCUUUUGUUAUAUCAAAAAUUGAGAAGCCAUUCAUCUUGCUAUUGAUCUUAUUUAUGUGACCAGGGUGCAAAAAUGGAAGAAAAGGGGAAACAGGAUGGCACUACGGAUAUGAACGAGAAUUAUAUGGACAUUGAAGUCAUCGCCGAAACAGGAAGUUGUGAGAUGCACGAUCCUUGUGAAGCGAAAGAAUGGUACUUUCUGAGCCCAGCGAGCAACAAGUAUACAGAGGGAGGUCAAUGUAACAGCUCGAACAAUGAUGGAUACUGGGAACCUUUUGGAACAGUUCUCUCAUCCACAAGGAUGAUACGCUGAUUGGAUACCGAAGGACACUAAACUUCAUUGAGGGGAAGCAUGAGAAGAGGACUGAAUGGCUAAUGCAUGAAUACUGGAUAGGAGCAGAGAUGUAGGAGCUGAUACAACUACUGAUGACAUGCAGUGGGUAUUUUGCAAGUUAUUCAAGUCGAGUGACAAGUUCCUGGCAGCAGAGGAGAAGGAAGCCACCGAAUUUGCUGGUCCAAAAUGAUGGGUUAUCUAGCACGAACCACACCAUUCAAGGCCCAGAGAAAACAAACGACCUAACUGAUGAUAAGGGGCCUCGUAGCUGUCCUCUGCCUGGAACUGAUCGAGGCAGCAACUCUUGUUCAAAAUUGCCUGAUCAGAUUUCGAUCUUUGACAAAGCCUUUACAUACUCUUUGCCUCAGCAUGACCAGGGAACUAUUGUUCCCGCUCAACAUGUUGAGAGAAGUACAGUUACUGGUCGACAGAAAGCAACAAACAAUGUGGCAUCUGAUCAAGGUUUUACGAUGCGGGAUACUAAAUCUCAGCCUACUAGGCUACCUCCUCAUCUGCCUUCAAAUACUUCUAUAGGGCCACAUAAACCUAACAGUGGUGUGAUCAGGGAAAAAAUUCUUGAUGAACCCACUGGAAUUUGCAGCUUUGAUUGGCAUGAGCACAGUACUAUGCUUACUUCUCAUGGUCAGCAAAAGGUCCCUCCUGAACUUGAACAUGAUGAGCAGACUAUGGUUCCUCCUCUUUCUAGCAUAUACAAUGAUGAUAUUAGUGUCAACCAUCACCAUCAUGCAUGGGAUCUUCCUUCCUCUCAUCAACUUCCAUCCGUUGAAGGUGAAAAUAAAGAUACUGGGUUUAGGGAUCGUAAAGCAUUGGAAAAAUAUGUUCUUGUGGAUCAAGAUUAUGCCUAUGACGGGGAUAGCCCUAGUGGUAGUGAUGUUGAAGGUGACCAGGAUUAUAUGACUUUCUUGGCUCACGCAUGGAAUAUCAUAUGUUCUUAAAACUAGUGAUCAGAAUGGGUUGCCCGUGUUCCUUAAGUAUGAGAAAGAGGACGGAUCUGAUGAUGAGCGCCAAUAUGACAGGGAGUUGGUGAUUCAUGGGGUUGAGAAGGAACAGGAUAAUGUUACGGAAAAAUACAAAUUGGGGAAAAAAAACUCUGAAGACUAAUGCAAGAAAGAAUGGGAGUACUUCCAUUGUUGAUUGUUGAGAAGUAGAAGAGGAAAGAUGGGUGGCCGUUUUUACUCCAAAAACUAGGCUGCCACCAUUUGAAGGACCCUUUGAGUCCUUCAUUGAACAUGUUGCGAGAAGUACUGAUGGACAGAAAGCAACAAACGAUGUGGUUAAAAUAAACAUCCCAGACGUAACCGCGACUCAUAUCCACUGCUUACAUCUGAUCAAGUUCCAUCAGUUGAAGGUUCCCCCCACGCUAGUCAUGAAAAUGAAGCACCGAGAUAUGAUGGGUGGCCGUUUGAUACUCCAUAAACUAGGCUGCUAUCAUUUGAUGGACCGUUUGAGUCCUUGACUGAACAAGAGUUGGCCUUCUUUGAUAAGCCGGAUCCUGAAUAUCCCCACAGGCCUAUGAGAACAAGAAAGAAUGAUAGAACGUAAGAUCCAUGAUAUGAUACAUUCUACUAUUCUAGUGAUUGUAGUUAGAAGUACAGUUUAUUUUUAAUACAAACUUCCAGUUCAUGAGUAAAGGUAUGAAGGCACUAGAUUAAAGUUUCAGGGCCAAAUACUUGUGAAGGCCUUCAUACACAAUUGUUUUAGCAUUUACUAUCCUUAUCAGAGAAUCUCUUAUCUAUGUUUGUUGUUGUCUA